AUGCGCUGCCUUGCACUUUUCCCACUCGCCGUUGGCCUGUCGCUGGCAACAACCCUCGACCACUACGCUGCCCUUAUAUCCGCCCCUGGUCGAAGCCUGUCCAUUUUUCGGGAUCGCUGUGCCUCGCCCCCGUACAGAUUUGCGUACGUUGACAGAUGCGGGCUUGAACGACGGUACACAAAGCACUGA